AUGGAAAUACAUGGUUUCUGUGACGCGUCAGAAAUCGCAUAUGGUUGUUGCAUUUACAUUAAAACUGUUAACAGUCGCGGAGAUGCAACGGUCAAUCUAUUAUGUGCAAAAUCAAGGGUUGCACCAUUGAAAAACGUUUCAUUGCCAAGAUUAGAACUCUGUGCAGCUCUCUUAUUGGCCGAGGUAUAUCAACAAGUUCUUCAAGCAUUAACAAUAACUCCGGACUGGACGUAUUUGUGGAGCGACUCCACAAUCACACUCGCCUGGAUAAAAGGUGAGCCAUCACGAUGGGUGCAAUUCGUUGCAAAUAGAGUUACGGAGAUCCAACAAUUAACAAUGCAAGCAAAAUGGAGUCAUGUAAACUCGAAGGAAAAUCCUGCUGAUAUAAUAUCAAGAGGAACAAAUCCAACUUAUUUAAAAACCUGUCAUCUAUGGUGGAAUGGUCCUGACUGGCUGAAGACUAAGGAUUGGCCAUCUUCUGAUGAAACCAUUGUUAUUAAUGAGGAUCUUCUCGAGGAGCGAAACCCUACUAGGGUCUUUCAUAGUCAAACAAACGAUAGUGACGAGUUGUUCUUGAGAUUCUCUUCAUUAACAAGGUUAAAACGAGUAAUCGGAUAUUGCAUACGAUUUAAACAAAACGUGUUACAGCCUGAAUCGAGGAAUGUAGGGCCGUUAACGGUGACAGAAUUGGAAAAUGUUAUGACGAUUUUAGUCUUAUUAGCACAACAGCGCGAUUUUGCUGACGAUAUACGAAAUUUAAAGGUACACGGUCAAGUAAGCAAGACCAGUAAGUUACGUUCAUUAGUCCCGUUUUUAGACGAUCACAAUGUGAUGCGAGUUGGUGGCAGAUUAUCAAACGCGCCUAUUCCUUAUGCUCAGAAGUAUCCAAUUAUCUUACCGUCAAAACAUCCAUUAACUCGAUUAAUUAUUGUUCAUGAGCAUUACAAGCAUUUACAUGCAGGUCCUCAAGCUUUAUUAGCAGCAAUACGCACACAAUUUUGGCCACUUCAUGGUCGAUGCACUGUAAAGGAUGUAUUACGAAAAUGCAUCAUUUGUUUUCGCGCUAAACCUCCAAUGUUACACCAACGAAUGGGUGAUUUACCUACAACGCGUAUAACGACAAGUCGUCCGUUUUUAAAUACAGGAAUCGAUUACGGCGGGCCUUUUACUAUAAAAAUAUCGCGAAACAAGACUGAUAAAGCAUACAUAUGCAUCUUCGUAUGUUUUACUACACGCGCAAUACAUUUAGAAUUAGCAGUAGACUUAAGCACUCAGGCUUUCAUCAGAGCCUUACAAAGAUUUAUAGCACGUAGAGGUAAAUGCGCAAACCUCUAUUCAGAUAAUGCGAAAAAUUUCAUUGACGCGAAUAACGAGUUGCGAGAAGUCGCUGACAUUUUGCGAAAACCGGAACACAAUGCCAAAAUAUCAGAUUUUUUGGCUGAAAAUUCGAUUAAGUGGAAUUUCAUCCCACCACAUUCACCGCACAUGGGAGGAUUAUGGGAGGCUGCUAUCAAGUCUGCUAAAACUCAUCUGCGAAAAAUCAUUGGAACAACGCCACUUAGUUAUGAAGAACUAUAUACGCUGCUGGUACGGAUAGAAGCCUGUCUCAAUUCGCGACCUCUCUGUCCAUUGACUGAUGAUGCGAUGGAUUUAGCUGCAUUAACACCAGCUCAUUUUCUGAUCGGCGUGCCUUUAACUUCGCUGCCGGAAUUGGAUGUGUCCGAGACACCAGUCAAUCGUUUAACCAGACACCAAUUGUUAACACAGAUGCGACAACAUUUUUGGCAGAGGUGGUCAAAGGAGUAUAUAACUCAACUCCAACAACGACACAAAUGGACCGAAGAAUCAAAGGCUGACAUAAAAAUCGGUAUGAUGGUCUUAUUGCGAGAUGAAAACACACCUCCAAUGCACUGGCGCUUAGGAAGAAUUGUUGCCGUACAUCCAGGAAAGGAUGGAUUAAUAAGGAUUCUAGAUGUAAGAACAUCAAACGGAGUUGUUCAACGUAGUCUUCCUAAAAUAUGUAUUCUUCCAAUCGACACCUAA